AGUGCCUCCAGUUCCCACCAGGUCGUCUUCUCAAUAGGUUCUCUGCAGAAGCACGGGUAUAUGCUUCAGUUUAACAACUUUACAUUCUUUGUUUCAAAUUUCUUAUCGAUUGCGCAAUGAUUAAGUAGAUGCGUAAAUCCAAUGAACUUCUUUUUAUUGCAAUCACUCCUUUUAUAGCCCGAUUAAGCUAUUCAUCGAGCUCCAUUGUUAUAGUUGAUGCAAUCUAAUUCUGUAAUUCAUAUGAGUUAGCUUCAUAAUCGAACAGACUCACAAAUCCAAGCCGAUAAUUUUUACUGCACAAUUUUAGUGACUUCACUAUGGAUUUCAAUGGUUCCUCGCAAUCUAAAAAGUAUAAAGAGGAAAGUCUUGUUCGCGAAGUUGCAGGGCGCGAGCAUGUAGGUGCAGCAGAUAGUGGAGGAAGACAAUGGAGAAUGAAAAGGAAAUUCCCAAGCGAGGGUCAAGUGCAUGUCCCUCCAUCACAUAUGCAUGAUCGGCAGUUUAAAUUUGGAAACCAUGGAUCUUAUAAUGGAAACAUGCUCCCUCAUGGCUGGUUGGAUUGCCCUGCAUAUGGUGAAGCUGUAGGUUGUAUAAUUCCUUCAAAGGUUCCACUUGGUGAGUCCUUCAGUCAAAUUAUUCCCAGCAAAAGAUAUACGCCCAAACAUGUGAUAUAUGAACAAAGACAACGGGGAAGAGAACUUGGUUUAGUGAUUGAUCUAACAAACACUAACCGUUACUACCCCAUAUCAGCCUGGUUGGGAGAAGGAAUUGGUCAUAUUAAGAUUAGAUGCAAGGGCAGGGAUGAUGUACCUGAUGAUGCAUCUAUAGAUAAGUUUGUCUAUGAGGUUUUGCAAUUUCAGUCCCGAGAAACGCACUCAGAGAAGUAUAUUCUGGUCCACUGUACACAUGGGCAUAAUCGCACAGGUUAUAUGAUUGCUCAUUUUCUUAAGCGUACAAAAUCAAUUUCCGUCACAGAGGCAAUAGAUAUUUUUGCUAGGGCACGUCCUCCAGGAAUCUAUAAGCAAGAUUACAUUGAUUCAUUAUACAUGUGUUAUCAAGAAGAGAAACCUGCAUUAGUUGUUUGCCCUCAAACUCCAGAGUGGAAAAGAUCAUCUGAUCCGGAAUUUAAUAGCGAAGCUGUACAUGAUCAUAGAAAUGGAGCGGCUCCUUUGCAUGAGCAUUAUGUGGGAGAUCAUGUCAUGACCAAUGAUGAUCUGCUGGGAAAUGCUGUGUGUUCUGAUCAACAACAAGCAAUGCGACAGAUCUGCUAUCAAUUACUUAAACUGGGAGUACCAGCAAGAAGAAAUCUUCAUUUUCCAGGGUCUCACCCAGUUUCUCUCAAUAGGGACAACUUACAACUCUUAAGACAGCGAUACUAUUAUGCCACAUGGAAGGCUGAUGGAACACGGUACAUGAUGCUAAUAACUAGGGAUGGAUGUUACUUGAUUGACAGGAAUUUUUACUUCCGAAAAGUCAACAUGCGGUUCCCAUGCAAAAACAUGAAUAAGGGUGUGCUUGAUCAGACUCAUCACUAUACAUUGCUUGAUGGAGAGAUGGUUAUUGAUACUGACUCUAACACACAGAAGCAAGAGAGAAGAUACCUUAUUUAUGAUGUGAUGGCAAUUAAUCAAACAUCUAUGAUAGAGCUUCCCUUCCAUGAGAGAUGGAAGAUGCUUGUUAAAGAAGUGAUUGAACCUCGAAAUUGGGAGCGAGAGGCUCUUUCCAAGAGCAUGAAUCCAUAUUAUAGAUAUGACAUGGAGCCAUUUAGUGUAAGGAGGAAGGACUUUUGGCUGCUAUCUACUGUUGACAAGGUUCUAAAGCAAUUUAUUCCUAGGCUUUCACAUGAAGCAGAUGGUCUCAUAUUUCAGGGAUGGGAUGACCCCUAUGUGCCGCGCACACAUGAAGGUCUUCUAAAGUGGAAAUAUCUUCAUAUGAACUCAGUUGACUUUCUUUUUGAGUUGAGAGAUCCUAAUCGCCAACUUCUUUUUCUUUAUGAACGUGGAAGAAAGAAGCUAAUGGAGGGAAAUAGAGUUGUUUUCAAUGAUGCAUCAGAUCUGUCUUUAUAUUCAGGGAGGAUUAUAGAAUGCUCAUGGGAUUCCGAGAGGCAGGUUUGGAUAUUUAUGCGGAUUAGAACGGACAAAUCAACCCCAAAUGAGUUCAAUACGUAUAGAAAGGUAAUGCGGAGCAUAAGAGAUAACAUUAAUGAGGAGGUCUUGUUCAAGGAGAUCGAUGAGAUCAUUCGCUUGCCAAUGUACGCUGAUAGAAUUCAGAACGAUAUCAAGGCUCAUCAAAACAGAACUUCAGCCCGGCACAAGUGAUGGUUCAUUAACAUGAUAUAUGUUGAGUGAUUAUUAUGCGUGUCUGAGUGCUCCCUGAUUGCUUCUCUGCCUAAUUAGAAUUGAGUUUUAUAAUGUGUUCUUGAGCCAUACUAGCUAAGGGGCUAGAUAGAAUCCUACGCUGAGAGCAAUCGCCAAAAUGUAUUGUUAAAAAGACACUUGUUGAAUUGUUUUUUCUUAUUUUAGUUUUUUUGCCACUAGCUAAGGAAAGGAUACCAAUGCAAAAAAUACAGUUAUUUAAAGCUAUGGAUACAAAUAACAGAGUCAUCUUCCCUGUA